GGUGGGGUAGUGCGCAUGCGCGGUAUCUCUUUGUGGCCCUUGUCUUCUUGAUGCUUGUAUGGUCUUCAUGGACCUUCUUUAGCAAUAAACGCAAGGACAGCAGUGUCAGGCAACGAUAUAACGGUUAGCUUAAAUUAUUUGUUAGGCUGCAUUGUACAAACAUUACUCACUCUACAAAAACUGUCAGACAGGCACAGAUAGCCCAGGGCGUCGACUGGCCUACAGGCAGAGCAUCCCUUCAUCCUUUCAUUGGUAGUUUAGGUUUUCCAGUCUAGCUAGCUAGGGUUAGCCGAGUGGCAGGGAUCCGCAAAAUGUCGGGCUACCAAGGAAAGAAAAACAUUCCUCGAAUUACUAGUGACCGUCUCCUCAUCAAAGGAGCAAAGAUAGUGAACGAUGAUCAGUCCUUCUUAGCUGAUAUCUACAUGGAGGAUGGGGUCAUCAAGCAGCUUGGAGACAACCUCAUCGUUCCCGGGGGAGUUAAGAUCAUAGAGGCUCUUGGGAGAAUGGUGAUGCCCGGAGGUAUUGACGUGCACACCCGAUUCCAGAUGCCUGAUCGAGGCAUGGCUGCGGCAGAUGAUUUUUACCAGGGCACCCGGGCAGCCCUGGCUGGGGGGACAACCACGAUCAUUGACCACGUGGUGCCGGAGCCUGGUGCCAGCCUGGUUGCUGCCUUCAAACAGUGGAGGGAGUGGGCUGAUAGCAAGUCCUGCUGUGACUAUUCUUUGCACGUGGACAUCACAGAGUGGAACAAAGGCACUCAGGAAGAGAUGGAGACCCUAGUGAAGGAUCAUGGUGUCAACUCUUUCCUGGUCUAUUUGGCUUAUAAGGAUGUUUUCCAACUUUCUGACUCUCAGAUCUAUGAAGUGUUCAGUGACAUUAGAGAUCUUGGAGCCAUUGCACAGGUGCAUGCUGAGAAUGGCGACAUCGUUGCAGAGGAACAGAGACGUAUUCUAGAGCUGGGGAUCACUGGCCCUGAAGGUCACGUGCUUAGCCGCCCAGAGGAGGUGGAGGCCGAGGCAGUCAAUCGCUCUAUCACCAUAGCCAAUCAGACCAACUGUCCCCUCUACAUCACCAAGGUGAUGAGCAAGAGUGCUGCUGAUGUCAUUGCCCUGGCCAGGAAAAGGGGUGCUGUGGUUUAUGGAGAGCCCAUAUCAGCCAGCUUGGGCACAGAUGGUACCCAUUACUGGAGCAAGAAUUGGGCCAAGGCUGCAGCCUAUGUCACGUCUCCACCUCUCAGCCCUGAUCCCACCACCCCUGACUAUCUCAACUCUCUGUUGUCAUGUGGGGACUUGCAGGUGACUGGCAGUGCUCACUGCACUUUCCUCACUUCUCAGCGUGCAGUAGGAAAAGACAACUUCACCUUAAUCCCAGAGGGCACCAAUGGCACUGAGGAGAGGAUGUCCCUAAUCUGGGACAAAUGUGUGGUCACUGGCAAAAUGGAUGAGAACCAGUUUGUGGCAGUGACCAGCACAAACGCAGCCAAGAUCUUCAACCUGUACCCCCGCAAGGGCCGCAUCGCUGUGGGCUCCGAUGCCGACCUUGUGCUGUGGGACCCAGAUGUCACUAAGAUCAUCUCAGCUAAGAGCCACAACCUGGCUGUGGAGUAUAACAUCUUUGAGGGCACAGAAGUGCGUGGAGGUCCUCUGGUGGUGAUCAGCCAGGGCAAAAUUGUGUUGGAGGAAGGCAGCCUUCACACCACCGAGGGCUGUGGGCGCUACAUCAGCCGUAAACCCUUCCCUGACCACGUGUACAAGAGGAUAAAGGCUCGCAGCAGGCUCACAGAGUUGCGAGGAGUCCCCAGGGGCCAGUAUGAUGGGCCGGUGUGUGAGGUGACUGUGACUCCCAAGGUGAUGUCCACAGUCUCCUCACUGAAGACUUCCCCUGCUAAGCAGCAGCAGCAGCAAGUGCGCAACCUUCACCAGUCUGGCUUCAGUCUGUCUGGUGCCCAAAUUGAUGACAACGUUCCCCGUCGCACCACCCAGCGUAUUGUUGCCCCCCCUGGUGGAAAAGCCAAUAUCACCAGCCUUGGCUAAGCGCUUCUCAACUGAGCUGGGGUGCAGGGCAACAGGGGGCUGAGGCCAUUCUUACUACUGUCACAUCACAUCUGGUCACCUCUGACUCCUAUCGCACCCUACGCAAAAACAUUGCAUCCACUCUUAUUCACACACGACCACUAUGACAUGUCAUGCAAAAAAAAGUGAAUACUAAUCCAUUUUGUUUCCUUUCCUUCUAUAUUCUGUUGUCAAAGAAGGAUCUAGUGAAUUGAGGCAUCUUUUUUUAUUUGCUCUUUUUAAGCUCAGUUUGAUUAUUGAUUAAAUCAGUUUGUUUACAUUUUUUAAAAUAAUUUUGCAGUACAUCUUUGUUGGCCUCUUGAGAAAGUGGCCAGCCAGUUUCAUGAUCGGGCAUUUUAGAAAUGGCACGUUUACAUUUUUUCUUCUUGCGCUUUAUUUCUCAGUAUGAGUUAGUGUGUGCUGGUGGUUGUGCUACACUACCACCUUUAGUUGAGUCUCCACUGUUCACGUUGUAAGACAGUUUUACUGUAACAUUGCUGUUUUAGUACACAGUGUCAGUUCUAAGCAUGAAAGAUUAGACUGUAGGAUAUGGUUGCACCAUCUAUUAACACCUUUUCAUUUUAUCUGAAAUCUGCAGUAUUUGAUGUUGGUGUACGUCUUGUAUGCAGCUGCACAAUUCACCGUGGUCUUCCUUUUUAUGUUACAGUUGCACUUUCUGCAUUUUUUAAAAGUGAUAUUUUGUUUUUAUCGAGUCAUUUUGCAAAUUUCUGACACUGAAAUUGCUGACUGCACUGAAGGGAAGAUGAAGGGUAUUUUAGGGUUAAACCACUCAUUCAACAUCUCCCUGAUUAUUGGCGGUAGAAACGGUUUCCAUCGUGUCAUCAUUUUGUUUUUUCCUCAUGUUUGGUUAUAAGGUCAUCAAAACCACAAACUUCCAAUGAGCAGAGUGAUGUUGAUACUACAAAGAAGCUAGAUGGGAGGUUUGCAACAGCCUCUCUGCACCUGCUGGUGUGUGUCCACACAGCAGUCGUGUAAGCUUUGUAAUAACAGCAGCCAGGGUGGAGUCACCUUUUACCCAGCUCUAAGAGAAUUUGUUUUGCACCUGUAUCAAUUCAGAUGGUAAAACUUUGUGUGAGCUCGCACAUUUUAAUUUGUGUUUGGAUACGGCUGUAUAUUUUAGGAUAUUUGUUGAGUUGAGCUACUUGCCUGCCUGUUCUCUAAGAUAUUGAUAGCACACUGUAUCUAUGAAGGCUCUCUGAAGAAGUGAAAUCCUGAUCUUUGAGACCUGAUGGAAAAAAAACCUUCAGUAUGUAUAUGAAAUCUCGUCACAGUGUGCUGAUGAUGUGUCCACUGUUCUCGGUGUUAGUGUUGUGAAUGAAUUAGCAGAUAACCACUUAUCUUACCUGUACCAGCCCCAGCGUAUCUCUCCAGGUACUGACUGUAUUUGCCCGACCACAGCAGGUUGUAGGCAACACAGCACUGUACAACCACACUCUGUAACACACUUUGUUAUUUCUUCCUCAUUGCCUUGUCAAGUGUAAGUUUGGUAUGCCAAGAUAUAAUGUGAAGUGAUUUAUAUAUGAGGAAGUUUCAUGGUAAUGGUUAUUGAAUGGUGUAAUGUUGCUCUCCAAACAAGUAUGAUGUGCUCUCGGUCAUGUGUGUUUUGUAUGCUGCCAGGGUUUUGGGGGAAUUCAUCAGUCCUGUCAGCAUUUGACUAUCUGUGUUGACCAGUGGAUUAAAAUAACAAAAAUGAAA